GCAGACAACUUCAAGAUCAGGCGGAGCACCGCAAUCCGCGAAAUCGCGUCGUCUUGAGCGAGGGGAGUGAGUGAGUCGUGUCUCCUGCGCCUCGGCUUUAAGGCGCUCUGUGAGGAACUGCAUUCUUUCGCCGUCGAUUCGAUUAAAUGUCAAACAUGGCGAGGAGAAGCCGAGAAGAAGCUGCUACCGUCCUGCUCGCUUACUUUCUCCUGUCACCUCUGUGCCCCUCCGGCUUCGCGCAGAUCCCACUGAACGAGAUCACCGGUUUCAGUCUGCAUCCCCCUUAUUUCAACCUGGCUGAGGGUGCUCGGAUCUCCGCCACGGCGACUUGCGGACAAGACGAGACGGGCAGAUCCAAACUGGAGCUCUACUGCAAACUGGUCGGAGGACCUACAACUGGCUUAACCAGCCAGACUAUUCAGGGACAAUUCUGUGAUUACUGCAAUUCCAAUGAUCCCAAUGCGGCUCAUCCCAUUACUAAUGCUAUUGAUGGAACUGAGCGCUGGUGGCAAAGCCCUCCUCUUUCCAGAGGCUUGAAAUACAAUGAAGUCAAUGUCACUCUUGACUUGGGUCAGCUAUUUCACGUUGCUUAUGUUCUUAUCAAGUUUGCUAACUCCCCUCGCCCUGAUCUUUGGGUUCUUGAAAGAUCUGUAGAUUUUGGGAGGACCUAUUCUCCUUGGCAGUAUUUUGCACAUUCCAAGAUAGACUGCAUUGAAACCUUUGGAAAAAUACCUAAUCAGCGCAUUGUCAAGGAUGAUGAUCAGAUAUGUUCUACAGAGUAUUCUCGCAUUGUGCCCUUAGAAAAUGGAGAGAUCGUAGUGUCUCUAGUGAAUGGGCGUCCUGGAGCCAAAAACUUUUCAUAUUCUCCUGUGCUGAGGGAGUUCACAAAGGCUACAAACAUUCGUCUGAGAUUCCUUAGAACUAACACACUCUUGGGACACCUGAUAUCAAAGGCUCAGCGUGACCCUACUGUCACCAGAAGAUAUUAUUAUAGCAUUAAGGACAUAAGCAUUGGAGGACGCUGUGUGUGUCAUGGUCAUGCUCUGGUCUGUGAUGCAAAGAAUCCAGAAAACAGAUUUCAAUUGCAAUGUGACUGUCAGCACAACACCUGUGGUGAAUCGUGUGAACGCUGUUGUCCAGGCUACAACCAGAAGCCUUGGCAAGCAGCAACCUCGGAAAGUGCCAAUCCUUGUGAACAAUGCAACUGCCACUCGCAUGCCAGCGACUGUUACUAUGACCCAGAAGUUGAACGAAUGGGUAAAAGUUUAAACAUUCAUGGCAGAUAUGAAGGAGGUGGGGUCUGCAUUGACUGUCAGCACAACACUGCUGGCGUUAACUGUGAACGAUGUGCUGAAGGCUAUUAUCGCCCAUAUGGAAUCCCCAAAGAAUCACCCACUGGCUGCAGACCUUGCAGAUGUGAUCCACAGUUUACAGCUGGUUGUGAGGAUGGGUCAGGAAUUUGCUUCUGUAAGCCUAAUUAUAGUGGCAAAAACUGCAACCAAUGUGCAGAAGGAUACUAUGGGUUCCCACAAUGUCAACGAAUCCCUAUAUAUCCAACACGAAGCCCUUCGGCUGGACACAUAGUAGAACCAAAAGUUUGUCCAUCUGGAUACUUUGGCCCACCUAAUUGUAAACCUUGUCAGUGCACGGGACCUGGGGUAGUAGAUCCUACUUGUGACCCCCAGACUGGAGAGUGCAGGUGCCGGACAGAGUUUCAGGGUGUACAUUGUGAACAGUGUGCUCCACAAUAUUUCAACUACCCCUACUGCCAAGCAUGCAACUGCAACACCGCUGGCACCAUUCCAGCUGUUUGUGAUUUUUCUGGACGCUGUCUCUGUCGACCAGAGGUUGAGGGACCUCUGUGUGAUCGCUGUCACGUUGGAUUAUAUAAUUUUCCAGUCUGUCAAGCUUGUGCCUGUGAUGGACUUGGUGCUGUGGAUAGAAUUUGUGGUCCCAGAGGUCAAUGUCGAUGUUACAGCAAUUAUAUUGGCCUUACAUGCAAUUUUUGUGCUCCAGGAUACUAUGGCUACCCCAACUGUUUUCCAUGCCAGUGCUCUCCUGAGGGUUCUUUUCACAAUACCUGUGAUCGGGGUUCUGGCCAGUGCCCUUGUCUGAUGGGUGUAACAGGCCAACGCUGUGAUCAGUGUGCUACUGGAUCCAUUCCCUUUCCCCACUGUCAGACAUCCCACUGUCAUGUAGUAGGUACAGACAGCAACAAUUCUGGAGGAAACCUGGGUACAUGCCAGUGUCUCCCAGAUGUGGAAGGGUCAUUGUGUGACAAGUGUAAGCCUCUCUACUGGAACCUGUCCCCUGAAAAUCCAGAUGGGUGCAUUGAAUGUCAGUGUGAUGUGAAGGGAACAAUCAGUGGAGUCGGGGAAUGCCAACAGAAAAAUGGGGAAUGCUUUUGCAAGCCAAAUAUCUGCAGCCACACAUGUAAUGCCUGUAGAGAUGGAUAUUUUCAUUUGGAGAAAACAAAUUACUUUGGUUGUCAAGGAUGUGAAUGUGAUAUCGGAGGCUCUGCCAGCCUUGCAUGCGACGAGAGGUCAGGAGUUUGCCAGUGCAGAAAACACAUUGUGGGACGCACUUGUAACCAACCAGAGAUAGACCACUAUUUUCCGGAUCUCCAUCAUCUAAGAUAUGAAAUAGAGGAUGGCACCACACCCAAUGGCAGGAUGGUUCGCUUAGGUUAUGACAUACGACAAUUUCCAGGUUUCAGCUGGAGAGGCUAUGCAGUGAUGUCCCCUGUUCAACCAGAGGUGGUUCUUCCAGUUUCUAUGACUUCCCCUAGUCUCUUCCUUAUUAUAAUCCGUUAUGCUACCCCAUCUGCCAAAAAGGGUGCUACUGGGAGGAUCUCAGUUGCGGAAGGAGUACAGUCUCCCUCUUGCUGUAACUGGCCCAUUCAAAAUAAGGACAUAUUUUUCCCACCCAGUCUGAAACCAGCAUUUAUCACAGUUCCAGGGAAUGGAUUUGCAGAUCCAUUUGCGCUCACUCCUGGAAAAUGGAUUAUUAACAUUAAAGCUGAGGGAGUUCUGCUGGAUUACUUGGUGAUGCUUCCUAGUAACUAUUUUGAAGCUCCAAUUCUGCAAAUGAAAGUCACUGAGCCAUGCACGUAUGAUGCGACAUUGGAGAACUCCUAUAAACACUGUUUGAUGUAUAAACAUGUGCCAAUAGACAAAUUUCCUAACAUAAUGGGGACAGAGGGUUUGUUCUUAUCCCAAAGUGGGCUCAAAAUUCAGAUAGAGAGCCUGCAGCCCGCACCUCAUUUUCAGGAGAUGGCUUACUUCAGUGGCAAACAAGCAAAGAUGCAUCUAAAACCAAGAGUUCCUAGGCCUGGUAACUACGUUGUGGUUCUGGAGUAUGCUAACAAAGAGGAGACCGUUCAGAAUGUUAAUGUGGUGAUUGAAAAUCAGCCACAGGCCUUCACACAAGGAAGAGCAAACAUAUACAGCUGCAAGUACAGCUUUCUUUGUCGAAGUGUUGUCAUUGAUGCAAAGAAUCGAAUUGCUGUGUAUGACAUAUCAACGAAUGCUGAGCUGCAGCUUCAUACUUCCACUGCUAGUUUUUUUCUGAACAAAGUGUAUCUGGUACCUGCUGAAGAGUUCACCAUGGAGCUUGUGGAACCAAAAAUUCACUGUAUUGCUAAGCAUGGACAUUUUACUGAAAAUAGUAGCAUAUGUGUGCCAUCAAAGUAUGAAAUCCCUCAGACAGCUGUGCUUUUGGAUGCAGUCAGUGAUGGACGUCUUUCUUUAGGAUCUGAAUCUACUCAGUCUCAUAUUGUACUGCAGAGCCAACUUCCUAAUGUCAUACCACCAUACAGGCAAGGGAAAGAUGCACUUUUGCUUAAAUCACCACAGAAUCAACUUACAUUUAAUACACGUAUCUCAAAUGCUGGACAAUAUGUGGUUGUUAUUCAUUAUUUGCAACCAGAACAUGCCGCAUUCCCUGUUGAAAUUGUAGUUGAUGGUGGAAGGCCUUGGAUGGGCUCCUUCAGUGCUUCUUUCUGCCCACAUGUCUAUGGCUGCCGUGACCAGGUGAUUGCAGAUAACCGCAUAGCCCUAGAUAUACCUGAUCAGGAGCUAUUAAUCACCCUAAAGGUGCCACAUGGGAAAACAUUACUAGUGGAUUACAUCUUGGUUGUUUCUGUGGAUAAUUACAGCCCUGAUAUCCUCAGUGAAAAACCUUUGGACUUAUCCUUUGAUUUUAUCAACAACUGUGGCGAAAACAGCUUCUAUAUUGACUUUCUUAGUUCCACACAGUUUUGUCAAGAUAUGGCCAAAUCUUUGGUUGCUUUCAAUAAUGAUGGAGCACUUCCAUGCAACUGUGACACAUCAGGAUCUACCAGUUCCACAUGUAAUCCCCAAGGGGGCCAGUGUCCUUGCAAGCCAAAUGUCAUCGGCCGUCAGUGUAGCCGCUGUGCAAUGGGAUUUUACAGUUUUCCUGUCUGCAAACCAUGCAGCUGUGGUAAUAGACUGUGCGAUGAAAUAACUGGUCAGUGUAUAUGCCCGCCACAGACAGUCAAGCCAUCGUGUAAUAUAUGCCAAAAGAAGACCUUUGGUUACCAUCCUCUGGUGGGAUGUGAAGGCUGCAACUGCUCCGAAUCAGGAAUUGUUAAUUUACCACAUGCAGACUGUGACAGGAGCAGUGGCCAGUGCAAGUGUAAACCAAAAGUUACUGGACGCCAGUGUGACCGCUGUGCUCCUGGUUACUUCAACUUCCCUGAAUGCAUUCCCUGUAACUGUGAGACAGGAGGAACUAAACCAAAUGUGUGUGACCCACAUACAGGCCAGUGUAUUUGUAAGGAAAAUGUAGGUGGAAGAAAAUGCAAUACCUGCCGGACUGGAUCUUUUUAUUUUGACCCCAACAACCCCAAAGGAUGCACAAGUUGCUUCUGCUUUGGUGCCACAGAACAGUGUGAGAGCAGUAAGCAGCACAGAAGUAAGUUUGUGGAUAUGAAUUUUUGGAGACUGGAAAAAUUAGAUAAAGAGAAAAUUCCUGUAGUCUUCAAUCCUGCAAGUAACACUGUAGUGGCAGAUGUACAAGAACUCCCAGACAGUAUACACGACUUGUACUGGGUAGCACCUGCAAAGUACUUAGGUGACCGGAUAUCUUCAUAUGGCGGUUUUCUAACUUACCAGAUAAAAUCCUUUGGAUUACCAAGUGAAGGCAUGGCUCUGUUGGAGAAGAGACCGGACAUACAGCUCACUGGUCAGCAGAUGACAUUAAUAUUUAUAGACCCUCACAACCAUUCACCAGGCAGGCUUUACCAUGGACGAGUUCAGCUAGUGGAGGGGAAUUUCCGACAUGCUACUACAAAUAGUCCUGUGUCACGGGAAGAGAUGAUGAUGGUGUUAGCUGGCUUGGACGGGUUACGCAUUCGAGCUCUUUACUUCACUGAGAGCCAGCGCCUUACCUUGGGAGAGGUGGGACUUGAAGACGUCAGUCCCACAGGAAGUGGUAUAGCUGCUCUCAGCGUUGAAGUCUGCAAGUGCCCGCCUGAAGUCAGAGGUGAUUCUUGCCAGAAAUGUGCACCUGGAUACUACCGAGAUAAGGGCUUGUAUCUGGGCCGCUGUGUACCCUGUUCUUGCAAUGGCCUGGCAAAUGAAUGUGAGGAUGGGUCAGGAAAAUGCUUGAACUGCCAGAGGAAUGCAGCUGGAGACAAAUGUGAGCGCUGUAAGGAUGGUUUCUAUGGGAACCCUAUUCACGGCACCUGCAAAGUCUGUCCUUGUCCUUUUACAUCAGCUGCCAACAGCUUUGCUAUUGGAUGUAAACAAGAAGAAAAUGGAAGCUUUGAAUGCUUGUGCAAGCCUGGAUACACAGGACCCAAGUGCGAAAGGUGUGCACCAGGCUACUAUGGAGACCCUUUAGCUUUUGAAGGAGAGUGUCGUCUUUGUAAUUGUGGAGGGAAUGGAAAUUCUGGCAGUUGUGAUCCACUGACUGGAGUGUGCAGGAACUUGGAACCAAAGGACAUCAGUACAGAUGAGCAAUGUGACGAAUGUGACAGCUGUGUUCAAACUCUUUUAAGUGACCUGGAACGACUGGAACUACAAAUGAUAUCAAUAAAGUCCUCACUCCAGAAUUUAAAUGCUAGCUCAGGUGCUCAGGAGAGACUGAGGAGCUUGGAAAUGAGGAUUGAUGCGACAAAGAACGAACUAAACAGAUAUCAAUACGAUGUGAACUCCCGGAGAGUAAAAAUAGAUCAACUGAAUAGUGAUACCAUUGGUCUCAGUCAAGAUAUUAGUAUCUUAAAAGAACAGGCUGAGAGGAACUUUAGAAAUGUACAGAACAUACUGAAUAAUCUACAGAGUACAAAUAAUAGAGCCACAACUUUAGUGUCUGAUGUCCUAUCUCUCUUUAUCAAUAUUCAAGAAUUCCUCUCAAAAAUUAAGAUACAUUGGACAAGUAAUGAUUCAGAAAAGUUGGUUGAAGCAGAGCGCCUGGUCCAAGAGAUGAAGCAGCGAAAUUUUAAUAGACAACGUGGGCUUGCUGAAAAGGAGAAGGAAGAGGCACUGAAAUUGUUAAACCGGGUAAAGAACAGCCUGCAGAAACAACUUGAGCAAAACCAGAAGUCAUCAAAAAGAUUGAGCGAAAUGUUGAAUCAGUACGAUGCAAAGCUGAAAGAUCUCCGUGAUGCUCUGACAGAGGCAUCGGGCGCUGUGAACAAUGCCAAAGACAUCAAUAAAGCCAAUGUGUUAUUAGCAGCAGAUACAAAGCAAUCUAUUGAUGAACUGAAAAAUGAAAAAAGCAAAGUAGAAAAUCAAAUAAAAGUGACUCAAGAUCAGAUGAAACAGAUCAGUGACCUAAUGCGGAUGCUGGAUGGCAGCUUACAGGAAUAUGAAAGAGAAGCUGCUCAGCUGGAUGGAGCAAAGAGGGAACUCACUGAAAAAGUUAAGAAAUUGUCCCAAGUUGGAAGUAAAGCUGAUAUUGUCAUGCAGGCUGAGGAACAUGCUCGGAAUCUAGAUAAGCAAGCCAAGGAGUUAAAGGAGGCCCUAAAAAAUGCAAGCAGCAGUUCUAAUGUGCAGUAUGCAAUUGAGGCUACUGAAGCUUAUAAAAAUAUUACAGAUGCAGUGAAGGCAGCAGAGGAGGCAGCCAAAAAGGCAGAACAGGCAGCUAACAGUGCAAUGCAAACUGUGGUCCAGCAAGAUCUAGAAGGUAAAGCCAAGACCCUGAAAAGCAAUGGUGAUCAAUUGCAAACAGAUGCAAGAAAUGCAGAGGCCAAAUGGAAAGAGGCUGUACCAAAGCUUGAUGACAUUCAAAACCGCUUAGCAACUGCAGAAAGGAAAAAGCUAAAUUUGCAAAAUGAGCUCACAGAGGCCCAGAAAAAUCUGAAUCUUAUUAAGAGAGAUGAUAUUGGAAGUACUAUCAAUGCUGCCAAAAAUAUGGCAGAGUUGGCUAAUUCUAAAGUAAAUGAUGUCCUGAAGGAGCUUCAACCAAUUCAAGCUGAGGUGAACGAAAUAAAAGAAAAGAAUGGAGGAAGUCCCAGUGAUCCAAACUUCAACAAUGUUUUGGAUGAUGUUAGUAAAUCAAUUCAAAACAUAUCCAGUACAAUUCCAUCACUCCUGGAAAAGAUCACCCAGGUUGAGGAGAGAAGCAGGGAAUUGUCUCCAAGCAGCAACAUCACUGAUAAUGUGGAGCGCAUCAAAGAGCUCAUCAGGCAGGCCCGAGAUGCAGCGAAUAAGAUUGUAGUGCCCAUGAUGUUUAAUGGCAACGCUCGGGUGGAGGUGCACCCACCAAGUAAUCUUGAAGACUUGAAGGCAUACACUGCCCUCUCCGUGUUUCUCCAGAGGCCUCUUCCUAGAGGAGACCGACGAAGACGCCAGACAUCAGACAGUGGAAACAUGUUUGUUUUAUACUUAGGAAACAAGAAUGCCACUAAGGAUUACAUAGCUAUGGCUCUUAGGGAUAACAAACUAUUCUCUGUUUACAACCUGGGUGGCAAAGAAUAUGAAAUCAGAGUUGACUCCAGUGUGACAAAAACCCGUUCAGACGAAUCUGUACAGGACAAAAUAAGCCUGGAGAGAAUUUAUCAGAAUGCUCAGCUCAUUUACACCAAAGCAUUCACUUCCACUAACCCGGAUUUGCCACUGACAAUUCAACAAGAUGGCAAUUAUCAAUUUCCUCUGUUAAAUCUGGAUCCUAAAGAUGUGGUGUUUUAUGUGGGUGGUUACCCACCAGAGUUUAUGCCCCCAGCUUCUAUAAGUAAAAAUUUUUACCGAGGCUGCCUUGAGUUGGAUAUGUUGAAUGAACAGAGAGUAAGCUUGUAUCACUUCAAAGAAGCUGUUGACGUCAACCUGGAAUCUCCUUGUAAAAGAUACAACAAAGGAUCCGAUCAAUAUUACUUUGAAGGCACAGGAUAUGCCCAAGUGAACAAUACUGUAAAGAUUGGCCGGUUUGAACAGUCAAUUCAAACCAGUUCACAGAAUGGGGUGCUUUUCUUCUUAGGAAAUGAGGAAAAUUACUUACUUGUGAGUAUGCUUCAAGGUAAACUUGCAUGGACCUACAAAUCCAAGAAUUAUUUAGACACCGGAACUUCUCAAAAUGUUUUAUUUAAUGGAAAAAGUAGUGUGAAUUUGGGAAUUUAUCUGCGGCAAAAAGAUUUCAUGAUUUAUGUAGCUGGGAUAAUAAACAAGUCCAAUUUUUCCAUGUCUGGUGAAUUUACUGAGUAUUACGUUGGUGGAAUUCCUAACUCCAUUAGAAAGAAAUAUCAGAUAGACACACCACCACUCAGAGGCUGUGUUAAAGGUGUCAAAACACCUGAGCGUAGUGCACAGUUUGUUGAAACAGUUGGCGUUAGCAAAGGAUGCUCAGAUGAUCUACUGCUCACUCGCUCAGCAAGCUGUAAAAGUCAAGGCUUUCUGGAUUCUGAUCCAAACGGCUUCUCUAUUCCUGAUAACUUUAUGGCAGCACUGGGUUUCAGAACAACUGAGGGGAAUGGCUUGUUACUCAACAACAACCAAGCAGAUAACACCCUGUCUCUGUCUUUGGAAGAUGGUUAUGUAACAUUUAAAAUUAAUAAUAAAAUGCUGAGAUCAAAUCAAAAGUAUGCAGAUGGUAGCUGGCAUCACUUAAUGGCUACGAGAAAUUCACUGGGGACAACAUUGCUGAUUGAUGAAAAUGACAUGGGGGGACCCUAUCAAGGCUCACCCCCUAAUAUACAGGAACCGCCUAACCCUAAUGUAUAUCUGGGAGGAGGCUCGUUUGAUGGCUGCAUAUCAGAUGUCUAUUUGAGGAGGUCAACAGCUCUAUACAGUGUUGAAGAUUUCCGCAAUUAUUCAAAGACUGGAGAUGUAUCAUUAGAUAUGUGCAGAGCUGAAAAGCCUCCACAGUCAAUAAUGCUCAAAGAAGUUUGGAAUCGCACCAGUUUAAGAAUGGACAAGGUUAGCAGAGUUAAAGUUAUGGAAAAAGGGUCUACCAGCAGAAUAAGCGAUGCUAAAACAGGACAAAGCUCCUCAGGCUGCAUUUUGCCAAAAUCUGUCAGAGAUGCGUUCAGUCUACGAGAUUCACCUUUACUCAACCGACUAGAAUAUGAUUUUAACCCCACUUCACUUCAAAAUGGGUUACAUUUCUCUCUAGACAUCCGAACAGUGUCCACAGAAGGCUUGAUCUUUUACAUAUCAAACCAGUUUGGGACCUCUCAUUUGGCCUUAUUCAUUCUAAAAGGGCGUUUUGUGUAUUCAUUAAGUUCCUUUGGAAGGAAACGUAGAAUCACCAGUAAAGAAAAAUACAACAAUGGCCAGUGGAACACAGUGAUGUUCAGCACAGAACAAAAUAAUAUGCGGUUAAUUAUUAAUGGACUACGAGUACAAAAUGGGACCUUUCCACGUUUUUCUGCCCUUGAACUUCAGUCUCCCAUCUUCCUUGGUGCAGUUCCAGCUCUAAAGGAAAACUCUGCACUAGAGUACAUUCCCAAAGACAGCGUGACUGGGUGCUUCAGAAACUUCAAACUGAAUGGUCAGCUAAUGGUAGCUCCAACUAUAAAUCAUGGAAUAACCCCUUGCUUCGAAGGCAAAAGUGAAAGAGGAGCCUACUUUGCUGGCAGUAGUGCAUAUGCAGUUUUAGAUCCGUCUUUUAUUAUUGGCUUGAGUUUUGAGCUGGUGUUUGAGAUUCGUCCCAGUGGAUUAAAUGGUAUUUUAUUCUACAUUGGAAGCCAAAGUGGAGACCAUCUAACUUUGUACAUGAAAAAUGGAAAGGUGAUUGUUCAAGUGGAUAAUGGGGCUGGUGCCUUCAAUACCUCUGUCACACCUCUUCAGCCACUUUGCGAUGGCACAUUCCACAGAAUAGCAGUGAUCAAAAGAAAUAAUGUUGUGCAGUUGGAUGUGGACACGGAGCGCAAUCACACAGUAGGACCAUCGUCAUCCCUGUCUACAGACACUAAAGAUCCACUUUACAUUGGAGGAAUCCCAGGCCGAGUAAUAAACCCCAAACUGCCAGUCCACACUUCAUUCCAAGGAUGCUUACAAAAUGUGAAACUCAAUAGCAUCCACAAACCUUUGUCAAAGAUUACCGAAGUCUAUGGCCCAGUCAGUGUGAGCGGGUGUCCUGUUAUUUGAAUGGUGACCUACUUGAGCACAUAUUCCCAGUUGGAAAGUUGACCCCAUUUUUGCCUGCUAUGUCUUUUCUGCUUCACGGUAUUUUAGUACUCUAGUCUGCCUUAUUUUUUGAUGCAACUAAAUUAGUUUUGUUCAUUAAAUGAACAUCAAUCCCAAAUGACAGUUUCAUGUUUUCAGUAACAAAUUCAAAGAUAUUUACUGAACUGUUAAUUGGACAUUUUUUAUUAUCACCAGCAUUCUGCAUUCUAACCUUUUGAGAUGUUUCGGAUUUAUCAAUUUUAAUAAUACUGUAGCACAGAGCAGUCAUUUUAACAACAUCAGCACUUUCAUUAUUUAAUGUCAUUUUUAUUAGUAUGAUUUUUAUUUUCUUACAAGUGCUACAUUCUGUGGGACCAAAUAAACUGCACUAUGUGAAAUGUAU